CACUUACGAAUAAUGUAACAUUUACGAGUCAGCGCACGCGAUGGGGUGCAAACCCUUGUGGAUCAUUCCAUUCGUCGAGUUUGGGAGCUACUCGGGCGUCAAGAAACCCCAGGUAUCAGCGUUGGUCUGAUCCACGCCGGAGGUUUUCCGCUGAAGGAGACGUAUUUGGUUGCCGAUUUUUUGAUCCAAUUCGCGGAUGCUUGAUUGGUGGGAAUCGACGCGGUAGCCUCUUAGCUUCGCUUUGGUUGGAUCCGGGAAGAUGAUAACGCGAUCGAAUCUGGCGGAGCAGCUCAGGGAGUACCAGGUGAGAUCCAAGCACGAGUGGGCCACCUUAUCGUUCUUCUCCUCCACCGCCACCAACACUUCCUCCUGGGUGGACGCAAUACUUGUGGUAUGGGAGCUGUCUAUGUUGGCUUCCCUAAUUUUCUCAGGGGUUGCUUUGUUUUUCCGGUACAUGAAGGCUGCUUUGGUCUUAAUCUCUCUCACUUUUCUUAUGUUUUUGUGCAUCAAAGUAACAAAGCAAGUAAGAAGAAACAGGAAGAUGAAGAGAAAAAUGCUUCUACCAUUAUCAAUGUAAAAUUGUAACUGUGGCAGUCCGAUGCCUAUCUGAUUCUUGAUCAAAUGAUUUUACAAAUAGUUCUGUAGCUUGCUUCCAUCAAUAGUUUAGCCAGCACCUUUGGCUGAAAAAAAAAGAAAUUAUAAUCGUAUGCAUAUACAGUUUGACUUCUGGUAUAUUUUAUUGCAAAAUUAUACUC